AGUUGACUGGUAUUGAUGUCAUACUUCCUGCUCCAUCUGUACAGACCGCUGCGAGAAUGGAUCAGCAGGCUGAAAGGCGAGUCAACAGACAGCGAUGAGGACUUUGCAAACAACGGCAACACUCCAUGCAAACCUUCAGAAAGUGCUCGGUCAAAGUCCCGCCGCCUCGCAGGUACUGAUGCAUUUCCAGGAGACGGCUGGGCAAAACACAAGCAUCAGAAGGCCCUGGGCCAGUUGAGCCAGUAUGACAUCAACCAGAACCCAAAUGUGAAAGGCGACGGGAAGAAAAGUCAGGACUCGUCUCAUGUGAAGAAAGGAGCAAAUGACAACGGAGCCAACAACCAGCAAGUGAAAGCCAUAUUGAAAGAAAAUAAAAAACUUCAACCCAGAAGACUGCAAGACAGUUUUGAGAGAGAUGCGGCCUCAUGCAGCUCUGGCGGUCACCAGACAAUCUACAGCAGAGACUCUGAGCACCUGCUGUCCUCCAGGGCUUUCCUCAAUUUUAAAUUUGACCGAGACGCCAUCAUGAAAUGUUUUGACUACUGGCAUGGCUGUUAAAGCACUGUACCAGACAGUACAGGCAAGGAUGUUCCUGAGCAUACUCUUUUCCUUCUUGCCAUGCUUGUCAUGAACACACAGGUACAGUUGGGAGUUGCCCAUUUCCUAUUGAACACAUCCAAUAAGCUUCACUGAUGUAGUUUGCCUUUGCUUCCCGACUUCUUAGACUAUACAAAACAGGAUGACCUAACAACAGUCUUCAGUGUGUCAGUGGUGGAAUCCCACCUUUAGUUUUUAUUUCUUCAUCUUUGUGUAAUUAAGUUGAUGAUUCACUCUGCAGGAUGCUACACAUAGACAAUAAGACAACUGCUCAGUUGAACGAUUAUGCUUUUAAAGGCAGCAACAGUCUGGAGAGCAGGGUUGAUUUUAAGCACAAAUGAGGUGAGAGUGAAAUGUAAAAACAAAACAGCUGUGAUAUCUUUGUGAAGUUGGCCAGUGAAUCCCUGUUGAAUUUAUCAUGCUGUAUAUUGAUUUUAAGAUGUAAUA